GUGACAGUUCUAAUUAUUUAGAUUUUCGAUUCGAAGUGAAGGAAAAGAAAUAUAAUUUUUUGGAUUUUGAAUCCAGUUUAAUCAUAAUAUUUGUUUAUUAAAGUGGUAUAAAUAUUACCAAAAUUAUGGCUCCGAAAGCUGGUGGCGAUUCUGCUAAAGUUAAUUCAUCAGUUUAUAAGGAUAAAAGUAAACCUACGGAUAUUCGUUUGAGCAAUAUAAAUGCUGCAAAAGCUGUUUCUGAUGCGAUUCGUACAAGCUUAGGGCCCCGGGGGAUGGACAAAAUGAUCCAAGCCUCAAAUGGAGAAGUAACGAUUACUAAUGAUGGUGCUACAAUCUUGAAACAAAUGAGUGUUAUUCAUCCUGCAGCUAAAAUGCUUGUGGAGUUAUCUCGAGCUCAGGAUGUGGAGGCCGGGGAUGGCACCACAUCAGUGGUAGUUAUAGCUGGUGCUCUGCUUGAUGCCUCUGAGAAGCUUUUGCAGAAGGGUAUCCAUCCAACUGUGAUUUCUGAUGGUUUCCAUAAGGCUUUGCAAAUUGCAUUGCAGGUUGUAGAAGGCAUGUCAACACCAGUUGACCUAAACAAUGAAGAUGUGCUCCUGAAGGCGGCUGCCACUUCACUCAACUCAAAAGUAGUUUCACAGCAUUCAACCAUUCUGGCUCCAAUUGCAGUGCAGGCAAUUCGUGCAGUUAUGGAGCCUAUCCCUGGAGGAGUAGGUUCCCGUGUGGAUCUCCGUGAUGUGAAAGUGAUCGAGCGAGUCGGCGGGACCGUUGAAGAAACGCAACUUGUCCAAGGCUUGGUGAUACCACACCGCCCGGCCAAUGUCAAUGGACCACAUCGCAUUGAGAAGGCUAAAGUCGGCCUCAUCCAGUUCUGCAUUUCACCACCAAAGACUGAUAUGGAUCACAACGUGAUUGUCUCAGACUAUGCUGCUAUGGACCGCGUUUUGAAAGAGGAACGCCAAUACAUCUUGAAUAUUGUGAAACAAAUCAAGAAGGCUGGCUGUAAUGUGCUUUUAGUACAGAAGUCUAUAUUGAGAGAUGCACUCAGUGACUUGGCUGUACACUUCUUGGACAAAAUUAAGACCAUGGUCAUUAAGGACAUUGAGCGUGAAGAUAUUGAGUUUGUUUGCAAAACACUUGGUUGCAGACCCAUUGCUUCUCUUGAUCACUUCACUGCUGAAAACUUGGUUAAUGUUGAUUUAGUGGAAGAAGUCAGUGAAUCUGGAGGCAAAUAUGUUAAGAUGACAGGCUGCAACCAAGGCGGUCGCACCGUCUCCGUGGUCGUGCGAGGUUCCAGCGGGGCUGUGGUCGCCGAGGCGGGGCGUUCGCUCCACGACGCGCUGUGCGCGGUGCGCUGUGUGGCGCGCAGGCCGGCGCUGCUGCCCGGGGGCGGAGCGCCCGAGGCCGCCGCCGCCUCGGCGUUAGCACGAGCGUCUAUCGCCGCGCCCGGCGCUGAUCAUUACUGCCUGAGAGCCUACGCCGACGCGUUAGAGGUCGUGCCGUCCACACUAGCCGAGAAUGCCGGCUUGAACCCGAUCGAGACUGUGACAGAGCUCCGCGCUGCGCACGCCGCCGGUGCCAGCGGCGCCGGUGUGAACGUGCGGCGCGGGCGUGUCACCGACAUGCGGCAGGAGCACGUGCUGCAGCCGCUACACGUGACCGCCUCGGCGCUCGCGCUCGCCACAGAGACCGUGCGGGCCAUACUCAAGAUCGAUGACAUUGUAAACACAGUAAACUGAUGAGGAUGCUGAAUUGUACUACAAUAAAGUAUUAAUUUAUGUUUCACAAUUUUAUGUAUUUAAGUUUCUUUCGAGACUAAUAUUUUUGGUCAGUAUAAUUUAGUAGAAAUUAUAAAAAUUUCUUAAAUACUUCAAAAUAGUUUGUAAAUUGCUGACCAAUGCUUUAUUGAAUAAUAUGUCACUUAAUGCAACUGAAAAAAACUAAUAAAAUUAAUUAAGAACAUUA